AUUAUUAUUAUUAUUAUUAGAAUUUUAAACUAAACAAUAAAUUAGCCAAAUCUAUUUAGCUUUUAACCCAAAUGUAAAAGAAAAUCUUAUAAAAGUAGAAGUAAAGUUGCUGAAAUGCACUGAAACUGUCUUUUAGUGGCAUGUGCAUGUUUUAAAAAUAACUGGCCUAAUUUAAAGCCAUUAAAAGAGUUUGUUUAUGCUGCAGCUUUAGAAGUGUACAAACAGUUACCCUAAUGCUGUUUACGUGCGCUCUCAUCUCCAGAUAAGCUCAUUCAAAUGGGAUGACCGAGUCACACAACCCAGUCAAAAAGAUUAACACACGGCGUAAAGCCGUCAUUCUUUGUCUCGUGUUGUCUGGAUCGUCCGCCUUCGUGAACUUUGAGGCCCAAAAAUACAGAAUGCAAAGACUAAUUAACCAGUCUGGAUCUUUUUCUUCACCUCAGUUUCACAUGUUCCAGACUGUAGCCCUUUAUUGACCCACAAACCGUCACUUUAAUCUGAUUAAGCACCUCGGGGUGAGAUCAGAUGCCGUGACACUGAUUUCUGAAGUUGAUCUGGCUCAAAACUGUUCUUCCAGAUUGAUUUUUAUGCCCGAGUUAUUUUUUAAGCAGUAUUCUAGUACCUAAACUUUACCUGCUGCCGUUGUUUUCCUCACAGGAUGAAACUGAUUUCCCCUCGAUAGUUUUCCUGCCCAGCAGCCUUCAGCAUGAGCAUCAUUCAAGACAAGCUAGGAAAUGAAUUCCUGCUCUCCAACAGAGGCAUGGACUCCAACUUUGGAYCCGGGAUGAUAAUGUUCAGCCACCUCCCUCCGGUGACCAGCUUCACCCGGGUGGCCACCCACACCGUCAUGCAGGAGCUCCCGCCGCAAGAUUUGAUCCUGAAGAAGGAGCGCGAGUCCCCCGACUGCAGCGCGGGCACUCAGGAUGGAAGCCUUAGGUGUGCUGGGGCGGAGGACUACGUGCACACCCUGGGCAUCAAACAGGAGAAGCUGUCAGAGCACGAUUACCGCCUGCCGCUCUACCCCGGAGGUCUGAUGAAGGGCACGGAGCUGCUGGAGGUGACCGUCGGCGGCAACAACCAGAAACUGCUGGUGCACGACUUCAACAUGGGCAUUCUGUCAAGUCAGUUAGAAAAAGAGGCCACCGGGAAGAAAGGUCGGUGGUCACACGGUGAUGGACAGGGGGGCAAACCAAGAAAGAAGAGAAGUGAGGCAAAGCAGCAGUCGAUGAUGCUGGAUGCAGAAGGAGGAAGUCUGUCUCCAGGAAACAAGCCUCACAUCUGUGAACACUGCACCGCCUCCUUCAGAAGCUCCUACCACCUUCGCAGACACGUCCUCAUUCACACAGGUGAAAGACCCUUCAGGUGCAGUGAAUGCAACAUGAGCUUCAUUCAGAAAUACCUUCUCCAGCGACACGAGAAAAUCCACAGCGGAGAGAAGCCGUUCUGCUGCGAUCAGUGUAACAUGCGAUUCAUUCAGAAGUACCACAUGGAGAGACACAAGAGGACGCACAGCGGAGAGAAGCCGUACAGAUGUGAGACCUGCCAACAGUAUUUUUCGCGGACAGAUCGACUUCUUAAGCACAAGAGAACCUGUGGAGAAGCCAUAAAGAAGGAGCUGAGUCCUGGGAUGGACCUGAGUUGUGGAGACGCGGGACAGGGCAGCUACGGAAUCACUCAGGGAAAUACUGGGAGGAAGAGAGGGAAGUCCAAAAACUCUGCAGAGGGAGGGCAGCGCAAGAAAAAGAAGGGAAACGGAGGAGGAGUGAGUAAGUCGCAUAUGCAUGUAGAUUUAUCUGGAGGCUAUGUCGUCCAUGAGUACUCUGGAGAGAAUCCAACUGUGUCUUCCUCUACUGAGCCUGGGCCCAGCAUGGAACAGGGCCACCAGGCCCCAAAGAUGGCCUUCAAGAAGGCCAACCGUAAGAGCCUGAAAAAAGCAGGUUUGGAGCAGGAAAGCCUGCUCCUGCAGAGUAACGAGCCUAAAGUGGAGUCCACCAGCAGCAACUAUGACGACGCCAUGCAGUUCGUAAAGAAGCGCCGCUACCUUCAGGCAGCCAACAGUGCAAACGCCCCCGGUCCCACUGUUCCCGCAGGAGCCGGCAGCGAGUAUGACGUCAACGUCAACAUGUCCCUGCAGCCGUCUGACCUUCAGGGUUCCAUUUCAAACCUGAUGGACGGCGACGUUCAUCUCAGCCUCGACAAGUCGGGGAUCCCCGACGAGGUUCUGCAGAGCCUCCUGGAACACUACACCCAGAAACCCGACGGCUCGCACCACGACAUUCACUUCGACAUCGGCGAGCAGCACGUGGAGCUGAACCCCGCCUCGGCCGACGGCCCCGACGCCGCCGACUCCUCCAGCCCGUCGGAUAAGAUGCACGAGUACUCCCGCUUCCUGCUGCAGGCUUUGGAGCGCACCAGCCACAGUGCUGCUUUCUCCCUCGGGCCCGGACUGCCCCCUUCGGGACCCUUCACCAGUUCCCACCUGGGAAACCUCCUCUAUGCUGACAAGAACAUCUACACUACAUCCCCGCUGGACUGCGGCUUUGGUCAGUGUGUGGCCUCGCCUUCGCUGCCCUCGUCUGUGCCAAAGUCUCACUUUACGAUGCUGACGAGCCCCUCCCUGCAGCACAGCUUCACCCUGAGCACCCUGGACGCCCUCACGCACCAGCAGCUCACCCCGUCUCAGGAGCUCACCGAGCAGAUGGAGAAACGGCACUCCUCCAGCCCCCCGUCCUCCUACCAGAUAAACCCAUCUGACCUGAGCCUCCAGAAGGACCAGGCAUCGGUGAAGUCCGGCGCRGAGACCAUCUACUCUCUGGACUCGUCUAAGCCUUCCUACCAGAUCGAGAACUUCGCCCAGGCCUUCGGCUCCCAGUUCAAGUCAGAGGGUCAGAUGUACGGCACUGACUCCGGCGGGGAGGUGGAUCACAGGAUAAAGACGCCUGUGUCUGAUUUCUCAGGGUUUAGCAGUUUGUUAUCUGAUGUUCAUGAGCCAGGAAGUACAAGUUCCAAAACACCAACAAGCCAAAGCUACAGAUGAAAGCCUGAGAGGAAGAGCAGACUGUCAUCAAAAGUUUGUGUUCCUAUUUUAAUUUCUCUGUGCUACUAUUUUAUUAUUAUUAUUAGUUAUUUUAUUUUUAAGUGACGUUCARGUUUUAAGUCAUCUUCCUCCAAUAAGCCUGCAAGGCGUUCUGCAAAUGCAAAUUUUUUUACUGUUUUUUUAGGUCAUAUUGAUAACAAAGGUAGUGAAAAUAAGUUUUGAGUGGGUGUUGUGGGCGGGCGUUACAAAACAAGUGUUUGUAACAGGAAUUACUCAGGAAAAAGCGACGAAAGGAGCGGCUCACYACGGGCGGUGAGAACUCUUUCAGAAAUGUAAGUUUGCAACUUCGAAAAGGAAUUUUUCUUAACGUUUUUUUACCUGUCGAAUGAUCUGCUGCCAGCUCAUUUGAACACUGAGAACACUUUUUACUCAGCGAUAUAGAGAUUAUGGUACUUUCAUGUCAAUGUGAAACUCUUGUUCUCUUCAAUAAGGGCCAUAUAGAUGAAAAUCUAUAUAUUUAUAAGAAUAUAUAUUA